AUGGAAAAUGAAGUCUCACAAGCCUGGCCAUAUCCAAUAGACAUCAUAGAGUAUUUUGGUAUGCUUCCCGAACACUCGAAGAAGCGGCUGUAUAGGGCUCCUGUGUUUGCAGUAUCUUUCCUGAAGAUCUUUGACGAAAAGACCACACGAUUUAUCUUUGAUCUAUUGCUGAAAUCCCACUCCAUAAGUUCUCUGAGAGAGAUCAAAGGGAUUAAGGAAGUCCUGAAAACACUACUGAGGAUCCAGAUGAUCGAGAAAAAAGGAGAUAACAUUUACUUAGAGGAAGACUUCAGGAGAUCGCUGAUGGAAGGGUUUUGCAUGCUUACGAUAGAAAAGCACUAUAGAAGUGCAGGAGAAGAGACGGAAACCGAUGAAGAGGAGAGUAAUAGAAGGUUUGAAACUAUUCUAAGGUCGAUUGUCAAUAAGGAGAGCAAGAUCAGGGAAUUUGGAGUCAGGGAAGUCCUUAUGUUUGGAGGGCUCCUUGGCAGGGAUGAGAACAUCACAAACAGAGGGUUUGAAUUUCUUCUCAAAACAAAGAAAGAGCAACUGUGGUGUCUUGUGUUACUGUCCUUGAAGUAUUUUCUCAAAUCUGUGGAGGAAGAAGUUUCCACGUUGGAAGCUAUAUUUGAGCUGAGUACAAAGAAUGUUGGAACAGUAUACCGCCAUUCCAGUUCAAUGGAUAAAAGACUGCUCAAAUAUCUGGAGGUACUGGGGAUCUUGAAGCUCUAUGGAGAAAACCUUGCGAUUAGGAGGUCCUUUGUACAGCUGUUUGAGGCGUCUGAACGCAACAGAAGAGAGUUUAUAAUUGUGGAAACAAACAACAAGAUAUAUGCAUACACAAAUUCCGAGUAUGAAAAGUCUGUGAUACAUCUGUUCUGCAACGUGUCUUUCAACCUUCCUAACCUUACAAAGGGAAGUAUAACAGAGGAGAGUGUGAAUGCUGCAUUUGACAAAGGAAUAACAGGAAGACAAAUAAUACACUUUCUGGAGGCAAGUUCCAAACCCGGAAGCCUUCCUCCGGCGAUCAUCAACCAGAUAAUUAUAUGGGAGUCCAAGAGAAACAGGAUCUUCAUGGCUCCUGGAUAUCUUUACUCGAACUUCCUGAAUUUGUCUGACUAUCAGAAGGUACUGGAGUUCUGCAGCGAAAGAAACUAUCUUAUAGAAUCCGACAUCGACAGGAGGAUGAUAGUUGUGAAUCCAAAAGGUCAUGUGUUUGUUAAGGAGUUCAUAAAGACAAUACUCUAA